UAUAUAUAUGAGGCGAUGUAUGCUGAUGGAGGCACACAACAAAGAAGUGAAAUGGCAUCCAAAGUGGUUCUCGUGGCUCUGGUUUUGGUCGCGCUUGUUGCCAUCGCCAUGGCCUCCGGCGAGAGCGGCCACGCCAUGCCGCUCCACCCCCGCGCCGAGCAGAGCCUCAGUUGGAUGAACGGCAUGAAGGGAGGGCCGCCUUCGGGUAUGCAGCCAUCGGUUACUACUGUCACCAUUCCUGAACGUCCUACCAUGAUUGGCGAGGAGGAAGGCAAGUUCAUCGCGCCCGUGCCGUCUUUCAACCGCCCGGUGCCCCGUCCUCCAAGCGCUCCCUGAUUAAAUCACAUCAAACCUGAACCGUCAGUGCCUCGGUCGAAGUUCACUGACGCCUUGGGAAGAAUUGGUUCAUGGAUGCUUGUAUCCGUACGCGUACGCGCGAUGCCAUUUUCGUUCAAUAACUGUAAGGCAGGCAUGGAAGAAAACGAAACAGUGAGCAUUUUGCCUUUA